CUGUCAGGGGUCCUCGGACUCCUCGGUACGGCCCCAUCAUUGACUCCGACGAGGGCACGGUGAUCAUGGGAGCCCAGGAGGGCGAGGUCAAGUCAAGCACUGCUGGCGGUGUCUUGCCAGUUGUCGAGGUGGCCUCGCUGGUGGAGAAGGCCAAGUUCUACACGUCCUUGUGUCUGGGCACCACCGCCAUCCUCGCCGUCUUCGCCUUCCUCUUCCUGAUCCCCUUCGUCGUGGAGCCGGCGAUUUCCACCAUCCUGGCCGACUUCUCCCCGCACCCGGUCGCCUGUGUCACCACCGAACACGUCUACGCCGAGGGACUCAAGAACUGCUCCUGGUCCAGCUGCAGGGAAGGGUGCACCAGCGCCGCGCUUCGCUGCCACCAGAUCAGGGUAAAUUAUUCCAGGGUUGCCUACGAGGAGUUCGUCACGAAGCCACUUGGCUCCACUUCGUGGGACGUGGCUGAUACCAAGUUCUUCGUCAACACCGAGGGCUGUGGCUAUCCUCCGGGGGUGAACUGCUCCGUUUUCGCCAAGAAGUAUGGCCGCGGGAACAUGGGGAAGAUCUUCCCCUGUUACUUCAGCAGGACGCAUCCGGAAACCGUGGUUGCCAGGUACUCUUGGGACGAAAACCUGAGACACUUGGUCCUGGCCCUGGUGGUGCCGAUCGUUUUGUUCGCGGUUUCUCUGGGGGUCCUUUGCUACUGGUAUUGUCCAACUGUGGGCAAAUCCUGCGGAGGAUCGGGGAGGAACCUGAUGGAGAAGUACGGCCGGAAGGAAGACAUUUUAGGUGAAGAUGACUUCGAAGAGGACGAAGAGGAGUACUGACUGCUACCAAGGGCUCACCCCCCCGCUCGGGAGUGACGCCGAAAGACCGUAAAGGCGAUGUAGUUCGCUUUACAUCUCGAAUUUAACACCGACGAUUACUCGACGAAUCGAAGCCCUUUCUACGCUACGUUUACGUCAGACCAUAACCGUGCAACUUACGCUAAAAUGAUUCCCAAUCGUCGCGCCUCGACGUUUGUAACAAGUGCACUUGACGCGGAGUUACGCAGGGAAGUGGCGACUCCAUUUCGGAGGCUGACUCGAAAUAGGGAUAUGCGUUCCGGGAUAUUAAUUAGCAGCGAGAUCGAUCAUCAAACGUAACCCGUGGACCCGCCACCGUCUUCGGUAAUAAUUUCGCACGUGCCUAAUCGAUCGUUUACUUGGAUUCGUGUAAAGUAAACUGGACCGUCGUCAGCUCGGACUCAAUCAUCUACCAGUAUUCCAACUAACGUUUUAACGCAUAUAUAAAUAUUAUUACGCAUACGCGAUGUAGGCGCGCCUUCCUAUUAAUUAUUAAUACCGAUCGAACACUUAACGAGGUAAGAGCGGUACGCGCAGCUGUGGAUAGCUUCGAGGAGGAGUUCUUUCGUAACUCGAUCGCAUUUAAGCUGCCCUUUCAGCGCUAAGUCGAUAAUAAUUAAUUCGUCGGGGAGGAUCUCGCGAGGGGAUCCUGUCGCACGGAUCGAGGAGUGUAAUUACCGCCCUUCCAUAAAUUGCAGGUAAAUUUGGGGGAAUUUCCGGCAGAGCGGCGGAUUUAUUUCCUGCGACAGGGAUCGCUCGGUGGUCACUCGUAGCUCGUAAAA